UAAAAAUAAAAUUAAUAAAAAAUAAAAUAAAUUAAUAAAAUAGAUAUAAACAAAUAAAUAAAUAGAUAACAAAUAAAACAAAUAAAUAAAUACAAUAAAAUAAUAAAAAUAAAUUAGUAAAAAUAAAAUAAAUAGAUAGAUAUAAACAAAUAAAUAAAGUUUGAUUAUUUUACCCUGAACCUUUUUCAUGUUUACUUCUUAAUUCUCUUUCCUCGCUUCCUUCUCCUCGAUUCCUCUCCUCGAUCCUGCGUCAAUCAAACGUGUCGUAUUAAGUGGUGUCCCCCCCCAAAAAAAAAACACGGAGUAAACCCAGAGGCAGACAUCAGAUAAAAUAUCCAAAAAAUUCAACUUUAAUCAUCUCCAACUCGCUGCGUCUCAUCUCUGUGGGCGGGACUUCCUCACCCACUUCCUGCAGACUCGAGGAGAAGGAAGCGAGGAGAAGGAAGCGAGAAGAGAGAAAUGAGACGCGGCCUGUCGAGAUGAGGAAGAAGGGCACGUCUCUGCAGAAACAAAACUUAAAAAAUUGACAGGGGGAGGACGCGUAACAGAGCAGAGCGCAGGUGCCGGCUUAAACAUGGCGUCCAGCAGCAGUUUGCCCUGUGAGGAUCAGCUCUCGUGCUCCAUCUGCCUGGAGGUGUUUAAAGAGCCCGUCACGACUCCCUGUGGACACAACUAUUGUAAGAGCUGCAUCACGGGCUACUGGGACAGCACCCAAGCGGCCCAGAAACGCUGUCCUCUGUGCAAGAAGAGGUUCAGACAGAGACCCGCCCUCAGAUGCAACACGAGCUUCAGAGACAUCCUGGAUCAGCUGCGGAGCAUGGCUCUGCUCAGCCCCACAGAGGAGCAGCUGCCUGGGCCUGGAGACGUGCCCUGUGACAUCUGCCUGGAGCCAAAACACAAAGCACUCAAGACCUGUGUGGUGUGUGCAGCCUCCUAUUGCCACCUGCACCUGGAGCCUCACCAGCGCGUGCCCAGUCUGAAGAAGCACCAGCUGACCGACCCUGUGCCCGAUCUGGACCACAGAGUCUGCAGGAAGCACGGCACGGUUCUCGAGCUCUUCUGUACCGUAGACCAAACCUGUGUGUGUGACAUGUGCCUGCAAGAAGACCACGCAUCCCAUCAGUGCAUCCCCCUGGAGCGAGCGCACGAAGAGGAAAGGGAGUCGGUCCGGUGUGAAAUAGCGAGAUUAACCACGAAAGAAACCGCCAGAACUAGAGACGUCAGUCAAAUCCAAUCGCACGUUGAACAGAGUAAGAAGAAGAAAGAGAUUGAGAUUGCAGAUGUAGAGAAAGCUUUUACCGCACUGGUGGAUUUGAUUAACAGAGACAAAGGGAGGUUAGUCCAGGUGAUCGAACAGAAAUAUAAAGACGUGUUGACGGAGCCUGAAGAGAGAAUUAGUCAGCUGGAGAAGGGGAUAGAGAAGAUCCAGCAGAGAAGAGCAGAGUUGGAGGAGGUGGUUGAAAUAGAGGACCAUCUUGAGUUUCUUCAGCGUAAACCAGAACUGGCAUCGACUCCAGACCAGGAAGAUCUACUUACACAGUACGAUCUCGACGAUGAGGAGACUUCCGGUGUCGUUGUGAAAUCUGCAGUGGAUCAAAUGAAACAUAUUCUGAGUAAGGAAAUGGAAAAACUUAUUCAAAAAGUCCAAUAUCCGUACAAUGAACCAAUCCCUGAGAACGCACUUCAAAUCUGGGCCCCACCAAAAGACCAGUUAAUGGCGAUACAGCAAAACCACGCUGUGAAUGUAACGCUAGACCCCGACUCAGCUGCUUCUUACCUGUCCAUUUAUAACAAAGGUAAAUCUCUUAUGCUCAAUCCAUUCUCGGAGAACAAGCCUCGAACCUGGUUUUACUCGAGAUGUUUCGAAAAUUACCCUUUUGUCGUCAGCACAGAGGGUUUUUCCUGCCGAUUUUAUUUUGAAGUGAAAGUGAGUGAUGCUGUAGAAUGGGCCGUUGGGGUGGUUCGAGAAGAUUUUAGUAGAUAUAAAACUUUUAACUGGUUGCCAGGUCCCAACGAGGGAGCUUGGAUUUUGUAUUCGCUUAACAAAGGUGGUGGACUCGAUUGUUUUGACUCUCACAACACCAACCCCAAAAAAAUCGGCGUUUUUGUUGAUUACGAGAAAGAAGAGGUUUCGUUUUAUGAUGUGGACAGAAGGGUUCUCCUGACGUCCAUCACUGAGUACCACUUGAACGAGCCUGUGUCAUUCCUAAAGUCUGCCGUCUAUGGUUUGGUGGGUGCAACUACAAGCAACAGAGCAAAAUUUUACCCCGUUAUUGGAGUUUAUAAAAUGUUUGAUAGUCUUGAAUUAACGCCAGUAAUCACCUACUGACUUUUUUUUUUUUUUAUGAAGUAAAUGUUCAAAAAUAAAUACAUGACUUUAAGACGCUGAAACAUUGACUGUACUGUAUUUUCCGGGCUAUUAGACGCACUCUUAAGCCUCCAACCCCAUCAAAAAAUGACCGCGUGCCCACAAUCCAGAGCGGCCCUGUACACGAAUCCACUCGGGUGUCCCAGCACGACUUCAGUAAACUACAAAUCUGCACCACCCGCAGAACACGCAAACACACACGGAGCAGACAGCGACCGCGCGGCGAAAAACACCCACAGACACACUCAUCACUCCACGCCGACGAGGAACGGAACGGAGGAACGAACCGAAAAAGCGAGCGCAAUGUGCCGCUUCUAGACACGACUGAACAACUGAGUCACUGCGAACACGCCGACAAUCCAGCGAUCCCAGACAGCACCUCCCUACACGCCACAAUACAAGCAUCAAGAAUCUCGGACUCCACAUACAAAAUGUUUUCUGCAAACUCGGGAUGAUUUAGGCCAGGGGUGUCAAACAUACGGCCCGGGGGCUGGAUUCGGCCCUCUAAGACCUUUAAUCUGGCCCUCGGCUGAUUUUCUACUAAAAUAUUUUAAGUAUAUUUUCUAUUAAAAUAUUAGUAAUUUUCUGUGGUGUUUAUCACAGCAGCGUCUCCAGCGUCUCUGUACGUGGCCCCUCCCACCAGAGCAGCACAAAUGAAGACUUGUCUCUUUCCAAACGCUCUUAAAGGACGAUCGUUUUGACUGUUGACCGUGACACCCUCAUCAGAAAAAUGUCAAAAAUGAGAAAAGUGGAGCCGAGUGCAGGAUUUUCCAAGAAAAAUUUACUUAUUCCUAUUUACAUACAAGUUAAUGUUAAAAUAUUGUGUUGAAAUUGCAUUUUUCUUAAAGUUUCAAGUUGUUCAUAAUAUUAUAAUAUUUUGUAAAAGAAAGAGUUCAUCAAUUUAAAAAAGAUUUCUGUAAUAGAUUUGCGUUUCUCUGCACAAAUAUUUGAACUUAUUGGUAUUUUGGGGUUUAUAUGUCAUGAGUUUUCUGAUCUGGCCCCUUGGGGAUCAAAGUCUGGAUACGGCCCCUGGACCAAAAUGAGUUUGACACCCCUGAUUUAGGCAGUCAAAGGUUUACUUUUUCGUCCUUCCCGUGGAUCAAUCCUGCCCAUCGCCUUCGCCUUUCACUAUUUCUGUUGGGAAGGGAAACAGUUUGAACGGGAGGUUUGCAGUCACACACAUCUGAUUCCCUUUUGUACUUAUGGAGUUCGCAAACAAAUUUCUUGAGCCAUUUUCCGCUGUUAGGAUCCAACAACCACACAAUUAACGAUGUCCGAAUCCCAAAACUAAAAUCUAAAAUAUGACAAUAUCAGAGCCAGAAACAAAAGCGAUGUGGUUCAAAAGACUUGAAAAGAUCGACUUUGUCAAUAGACACAUCCCACUGGGAAAACAAAUAUGGAGGUUUGAUGCUCACUUUUUCAGAAAAUCCUUCCCAGUAUGUAUGACCGGAAGUCAGAGAUUCUUGAUGCGUGUAUUGAACGAAGCCGAGAGUCACCAUGAAUGUGCCAAACAAAGUCCCACUGACCCACUGAACUGUUGUUUCGUUUAUUUGUGAAAAAAGUUUGAAAAUAGACCAUUUAAUGACAGUGUGUCUUAUAAUCCAGAGCGACUAAUAGCCCAGAAAAUACAGUAUAGAAAUGAACAAGCCGCCGUGUUCCAAAUUAGCCAGGGGGGAAUUCAUGAAAAAGUUCUUCUGGAACUUCUGGAAAAGUUUUUGAUUUUUGGCAGGGCGUUAGGUUUGGGCCUAAGGUUUUUUAAAAAUCCAUGGAUACAAGUUGGGGCGCCCCCUAGUGGCCGGUGUACAUGAAAUCUGAAACAACCCCUGCCAAAACAAGAAAAGGUUAUAUCUCCGUUUCCUUUAGUCUUAAGUUGUUGUAUAAAGCAGUUUUUCUACUUUGUUUGAUACAAGGAAUUAAAUUCUGAUACAUUCUUCUUAUUUUUAGUCAAUUUUUAUGUUAAAUCUGUUAUCAUCAUCAUAUUUAACUAAAAUAAAGUUUUGACUACUUGGUCUUCAUCAGGGCGCCCUUUUAAUAAAUUCACCGCAAAUCAGAGUGCCUCUGCUAUCAUUUUUUAUUUUACAAGAUGGAUCUGCGGGCUCCGACCUCAACCUCAACCUCGGCUGCUGUGAGCUCCGAGCCUCGGCUCCGAGCUCCGGCCCCGAGGCGUCCAAAUAGAAGCGUCCAGUGUGGUUUUUGACGCUGUGAUUUUGCUCAUAUUUGCUAUCACAGGGUAUUCGCGAAGACCCGGAAGAUGUCGUGAUAUGAUCCCGCCCAUAACUAAUGAAAUAUGAUUGGCUCAGACAACUGUCAAUCUCAAACUCAUUCCCAUGUUGACUUGAAUCGCACAGGCCUUCGUUGCAGCCACAAAAGGCCGUGCAGGUGUUUCUUUAGUUCAAAUCCUACCGGGUAGAGUCACUGAUUUACCCAGAUACCACUGAAAGAAAAACUGUGAUUGGUCCAUUUCCAUUUCAUUAUAUUAACCCUUUGUUUCCCAAGAAAUUUCAAUCAGUUUAUAGAAAUUAUUACUAGUGUAGUGCUUAUUCCUCACAGAAUAAAACAUAGAAAAAAAUAUAUUAGUAGUACAAAAAUGCAUUCAAUAUUUUUUCUUGCCCCUCUCUUUGGAGCUGCUUCGGUCAGGCUCCUCAGUUUGGUCUUAAAAUGUUCGUAUUAACCCGCUCUUCAUGAUCCUGGUGUUUUUAUUUCACUAUUUUGCCCGAAAAUCAGUUCCUAUUCCUAAUAUGAAACCUGGCUCCAGAUUCGCUCCUAUAACUGCAAGUCCUCGGUGAGCUUCAUUUGACUGGACCUGAACGCUGUAGGCGACGUCACGCUCUUUUAAUCCACUUCUUUAUACCGUCUAUGCACUUACCUUAUGCAUUCUUAGUGUUAUAAUUCCUCAGCACUAUCUAUAAGUUUAUAAGUGUGUUUUCAUGACAGAGACCAGUGCAGGAGUUUUUCGAUUACAGGAAACGCAAAUUUCCUAAUAAAUGGACAUUAAAGUGCUUUAUACUAUGCAGACAGGACACAGCGUGCUCAUUUUGACCUCAAGUACUUUAGUAAAUCUGUACUGCACCAAGGUCAAUACACUUUGCACUAUGGGAGUUGGUUUUUUUGCACUGUUUGUAAAGGCUUCGUACGGGUGAGAUAUUUUGUGGUUUGUAAAAGUUCAAGUAUUUAUGAGGAACUUUUUUUCACUUUUAAAGGUACUCUGUGUAAGUGUUGACAUUGAUGACGUUGCUCUCUGCUUGAAAUGUUCCACAAUAUGGGUUUAAACUUGCAUUUAUUCAGUUAAACGUGUGUAUUUUUAGGCAAAGCAGUCUAUGAAAGCGUAAAGUAGGUGGACUGUUCUCCAGAAAUGUUUUAUUCUCUAAGUCAGACAUGUCAAACUCAGGCCCAGGGGUCAAAUGUGGCCUGUGAUAUAAUUAUAUUUGGCCCGCGAGAUCAUAUCAAAUUUAUAUUAGAGCUGACCCGCCGGCUACAGAUAGGCUAUAACAGGGAUCUUCAACCUUUUUCCUCAGGUGAGCGGUCGCAGGAAGUAAAGUGUAUGCAAGAUCCAUGGCAAGAUUUAGAUGGGGUACAGUUAAAUAAAACAUAAAACAUUAUUUAUUCACAGUGUCAGGAGUAAAGCCUUAUAAAAGUAAUUCAUUAUUGUAAUGUGUUGCUUUUAGCUGUAACGCAGUAAUGUGGCAUUACAGGGAAAAAAGUGGUAAUAUUUUACUCGGUACAAAUGUCAUUAACACGCGUCAAAAUGCUUUUUUAACCUGGAUUGAAGUGGUGGGUUUUUCGUUUUUCUUUGCUAAAAUCACCGCGUCAUCAGCAGCGGUGAAACGCCGGAGGUGCGCCCGCGUAGACCGAGAUCGUGAGCGAAAGAACCGAGGCAGAACUCUGUGCUCCACGGGGCGAAUCGCAGCUGACGCCCGAUCACGCUCGGGUUCUCUCAGGGGCGGUCCUAGAUUCCAAGAGUCCAAGAUUAGUCCUGGUUUGGUCCUGGUUUAGUUCUCUUUUAGACCUGGUUUAGUCCUGGUUCAGUUCUGGUUUAGUCCUGGAUUAGACCUGGUUUAGUCCUGGUUCAGUUCUGGUUUAGUCCUGGAUUAGACCUGGUUAGUCCUGGUUUAGUCCUGGUUCAGUCCUGGUUUAGACCUGGUUUAGUCCUGGUUUAGACCUGGUUUAGUCCAGGUUCAGUUCUGGUUUAGUCCUGGUUCAGUUCUGGUUUAGUCCUGGAUUAGACCUGGUUUAGUUCUGGUUUAGUUCUAGUUAAAUUCUGGUUUAGACCUGGUUUAGUCCUGGUUUAGUCCUGGUUCACUUCUGGUUUAGAUCUGGUUUAGAGGUUUAGAUCUGGUUUAGUCCUGGUUUAGUCCUGGUUCAGUCCUGAUUUAGUCCUGGUUCAGUCCUGGUUUAGACCUGGUUUAGUCCAGGUUUAGUCCAGGUUUAGUCCUGGUUUAGUCCUGGUUCAGUUCUGGUUUAGUCCUGGAUUAGACCUGGUUUAGUUCUGGUUUAGUUCUAGUUCAAUUCUGGAUUAGACCUGGUUUAGUCCUGGUUUAGUCCUGGUUCACUUCUGGUUUAGAUCUGGUUUAGUCCUGGUUUAGUCCUGGUUCAGUCCUGGUUUAGUCCUGGUUUAGAUCUGGUUCAGUCCUGGUUUAGUCCUGGUUCAGUCCAGUCCUGGUUUAGUCCUGGUUCAGUCCUGGUUUAGUCCUGGUUCAGUCCAUAUACGGCGCAAAAGUUCAGCAUCUUUACAGUUAUUUUGUUGAGAGUGUCUUAAAUGUGCUGCAAUAGUAAAGUAACGCCUUAUAUUUUAAACACAGUAAUAUUGUAAUAUAACAAAUGACUUUGAAAUGACAGUAACAAGUCAUAAAUAAAUAACACAUCACAGUUUUACAGUAACUUGCCCAACAGUGUUUAUUCACGACUGCACAAAGUCAGGCAUCAUUAUUCAGCACAUUCCCUUGGCGAGCGACAUGAAAGGUUGUGGAGAGACACUGGUCGCUCCUGAGCUACAGGUUGGAGACCCCUGGGCUAUAGAGACAUUAUUUAUUUAAAAUGUUGUUAUUAUUUUAUAUUCUGCUUGUUCUGGAUUCAAUGCUUAAGCAAAACUAUUAUUAAACUUAAAAUAUUUAACAUUACAUAUCUCGAAAGAAGAGAAAACGUGCAGAUGUUGUUGAAUUUUUUCAGUAAAUAUUUAGUUUGGCCCACGACUUCGUCCCAAUUUUUAAUUUUGGCCUCUGUGAAUUUGAGUUUGACACCCCUGCUCGAAAUACUCUUUUAAAACUUAGCUGAUGUUUUUGGAACAAUUUUAUAGUUCUGCCACAAGAUGGUGCUAUGCUACAAUAAAAACCAAUACGGACUAGAAGCGUUCAACAGAUUCAAUUUCAUACUGGGCCUCACAGCUGAAUCAUGUGUAAAUGCGUCUAAUUUCUGUCCAUUUUCAGUGAUUUGUGGCUUUAUCUAAUGUAAAUCUGUUAAAUCAGUAUUAUGACAAACCUUUCUUUUUGUAGACCAUCCUGUUGUCAUGUGUUUUUAAUCAAUAAAGUUUGGAGAAAUUAAAAGUA